CCCCCCCCGGCCCGGCUCCGCCAUGGCCGGUUUGGAGCCGCUCUACGCCUGGGCCAGGCCCGCCAUCUCCCGUCCGCAGGACGCUCUGGUCUGCGGCAUCCACUGGGAGUUGAUUGGGCAUGGCUACCGCUGCGUGGGUACCGGCGACCAGCCGGGUCCUGAUGAAAGGAAGUCAGAGCUGCUACCUGCCGGCUGGGAAGCCAACAAGGAGGUGUAUACACUGCGUUACAAGUCCACGGAUGAUGCCCAGGAGCUGCUGCUGAAGGCCAUCAUGGUGGAGGACAGUAUGAUCCUCAAUGUCAUGGAUCGCAGCUCUCAGAAGGUGGCAGAUGUGACCUUGGCAGUGGCCAACUACAUCAACCCAGAGCACCUGGAUGAUUUCCACAAGGUGUUCAAGAACACUGAGGAGCUGAGGACAAGAAUCACUUCGGGCAUCAUUGCUCCCCUCGGGGCCCCUGCAGGCACGGCCAGAAAGGAGCCUGAGUUCAAAGAGGACAUGCACUGGGAUGAGAACCCGCUCCGGCUCCCUCCCCGGCAGCCGAUGGGCGCAAGGGCCCCAUCCAGGCCUUCCCCCUUGAGUCCCUUUGCUGUCGGUGGAGAAGACCUGGACCCUUUUGGAGGUCGGAGUGGGGGAAUGAUUGUGGAUCCUCUCCACUCUGGCAUCCCGCAGCCCCGCAUUGACCCAUCAUCAGGCAUCCCAGGCCGCCUUCCGCCAGGAGCUGUUCCACCAGGGGCCAGAUUUGACCCCUUUGGCCCCUUAGGAAUUGGGCGACCCGGGCCAGAUCCUGACCACCUUCCUCCUCCAGGCUACGAUGACAUGUUCAUGUGAGGAGUCUCCAUGUGGCUGCUCAUGAACAAGUCUGGGAAACAGGGGCACUUUGCCUCUUCAGUCCUCGUCUGAUGGACGUGAUCUUUCCAGCAGCAUUUUCCUUCUCUCCAUUUUGGGCCACAUUCCCAUGUGUCCCAUCAGCUAUAAAGGCUUCCCUGUUUGCAGAAUGGAA